UGACGUCAGACGCACGUUCGUAAAAGAGGCGCGAGUCGGUGUCUGUCAUUUUCUGUAUGAACCGCUUUGGUUUGUUUUGGUAAAGUCAGGAUGUCUUUACUGAAACCCUUCAGUAAACUACCUUGUUUAAACUCAGCCAACAUCCUGCUGGUGGAGAGUGACGAGGAGUUUCAGCAGAGUUUAGCAGACGCUCUGGUGGACGAGACGGAUUUCACUGUCAAUGUGAGACUGGCCAAGAGUCUGCCUCUGCCCGUGGAGAAUGAGGAGAGUCGUCCAAGAAUAGACCUGGUGGUAUUCAUAAUAAAUCUGACCUCAGAGCUCAGUUUCCAGUCAACAGACGCUUCCCUAAAAUAUUUGGACCCUGGAUAUUUCCUUGGAAAAGUCUGCUUCAUGGCCACUAAUGCUCGUAAUGCUUCAGUCCCCACAGAGCGGCUGGACGCUGUCAGAAAGCUGGCCGCUUCACUGCAUUGCCCACUCCUGUUCGCUGAGGAUCAGACACCAGAUGGUGUGGCCAAUGCUACAGAGAGGCUGCUGACCAUCUUGAAGGUGGCAGCCGGGCUCGUUCCCAUGGCAACUCCUCUCUACCUGUCCAAUCUGACUCGAUGCACAGUGCCCCUGGAUAUCGACCAGCCGAGCUUUGAUUAGUUUGUGUAACGGUUUAUUUGAAGUGAUCUGUCCCUGACUUGGUCACAUGUACAGUUUAUUUAUUUUUGCAGUGGUUAAAUGUCACUCUUCUGUUAUUCAUUGUAUUAUAAAUUUUUCUUCUUUGCACGUUCGCUGCUGCAACACAUUGAACUAACAUUGCUGCUUGUGCAUAUUAGCAUAAAAGAAACAUGAAGACGACGGACAACAUCUGGAGAUGUCAUUUCUAAGUAAUAAAAAUAACUGCUUUGA